UCGGUCGAAAUCACAAAACCGUGUCAGACGGCUGGCGUGGAAUGAGCGAAAAGCCAGCGUGUGUGUGUGUGUGUUGUUUGCUUGUAGAAUUACAAUCAUGGAAGAAAUCGCCACCCAACCACUGGAUCCGGAGACGAUAUCGAUGGAUUUACUCACAAGCCAAACGCCGCAACCCAGCUAUGGACAGUUGGUGGGCAAUACGGCCCUUUUCGGAACUAUUGAUCUGUGCAGUGAAAAAUUUAACGUUGGACGCGAUCGAAGAUGCAGCCUGGCGAUAGACGAAGUGCACUUUCCACUUCCGAUACGCUCGUUCAUCUCAAACAUUCACUUCACUUUGGAGAGGGACCUCACGGAUCGGUACACCCCUACGUACAUCAUAGACAAUUCAACCAACGGGACGUAUGUUAACGGCAAGCUGGUUGGGCGCAAUAAUCGUGCGAUCCUGCUGCCCGGUAGCACGAUCUCGAUCGCAUGCUUUGCCAACAUUUUCGUGUACAAUCAGCCCGACUACCGAGUGCCGCCGGAAGUGGAAUCGCAAGCGUUGAGAAAGCGGUACCACAUUGGCCGGACGCUUGGGUCGGGAUCGUUUGGCACGGUUUAUAUGCUGCAUGACGUCACCACCUGCCAACCGUACGCGCUGAAGAUUGUGAAGAAGCAGCGCUACGGGACGAAGUUGAGAGGCUCGCCGUCCCUAACGAAUGAGGCUUAUAUUAUGAAGAAAUUAAAUCAUCCGUGUGUGAUUCGAAUGUUUGACUUCAUCAACGAUCCCGGUUCGAUCAGCAUGGUGCUGGAGUAUAUGCAGGGCGGUGACCUGCUGACACGCAUCAUGGACAACGGUUACCUGCCCGAGGACACGGCCAAGUUUUACUUCUAUCAGCUUUGUCACGCCAUCCACUAUCUCCACAGUCAGGGCAUCACACAUCGGGAUUUAAAACCAGACAAUAUUCUGCUGAAAGACAACGAUGAGUACACCCUAAUCAAGGUGUCCGACUUUGGCUCGAGCAAGUUCCAGGACCAUACCAUCUUUAUGCGCACCAUCUGCGGCACGCCCGAGUAUGUAGCGCCCGAGGUGCUGGAAUCGAGCGGCCAGAAGCUGUACACCCGGCAGGUCGAUGUGUGGAGCCUCGGCGUGGUGCUGUACACGAUGCUGAGCGGUUUGCUGCCGUUCGGCACCAUGAACGGGAUGACCGAUGCGGCGGAGCUGGUGAUGCGCGGCAACUUCAGCAUGGCCCAGCCGGUCUGGCGCACCGUACGAUCGUUCCGCCCCAAGAAGCUCAUCUACGACAUACUGAACGUGGACCCGGACGAGCGGCCAUCGGUAGAAAUGCUGCUGGACAGCGUUUGGUUUUGCAACUCGGACGUUGUGCAGCAUGCACAGGCGAUGAUGAAUCUAGCCAGUGCGGCGUCGUACAGGGGCAGCCCCGAUGAGAGUGCCCUUUAAGAAAUUUAAUUGAAUAAUGGGUGUGUGGGGUGAAAACCUUGACCUGUGUUUAAUGGGUUUGGAAUCGAAAUAAAAACAGCGAGCUACGCAUUUUCAAA